ACAAAACCAGAAUUAAAAAAUCGACAGAAAAAAAAAAAGGUGGUUUAUCGGUCCUGACUUUGAUAACUCCGCCUCUUGCUAACCCCUCCCUCAUUCAUCUCCCAACGGACUUAUCAAAGCAAAGCACGCCUUUUUUUCCUCUCAAUCUCGUCUCUGUCCUUUCUCUCACACAAACAAAAAACCACUCACCCUCUUUCUCUCUAUUUCUCUCCCAUUUCCUUCUUUGCCAAACAGAGAAAAUGCAUUCCACUUUAUCUUUCUCUCAAGCUACGACAGUUCCUAGAUCAAAUUACGCCUUCGAUUCUCAUUCUCCUGCCUUCGCUCUCUCCAAGCCUAUCAAUCUCCGCUUCUGUGGACUCAGAAGGGAAGCCUUCGGGUUCUCCUAUUUGACUCAGUCGUGUUCUAGCCGAGUUCGCUUCUCGAGUCGUGGACAUUCCAAGAAAAUCUCCGCUUCUACCGGAACCAACGGAACUCCUCCAAAAUCGUUCGAUUAUGAUUUGAUUAUCAUCGGCGCUGGCGUCGGUGGCCACGGAGCUGCGUUGCACGCUGUCGAGAAAGGCUUGAAAACUGCUAUUGUCGAAGGUGAUGUAGUGGGAGGAACGUGUGUUAACAGAGGUUGUGUUCCUUCGAAAGCUCUCUUGGCUGUGAGUGGUAGGCUGCGUGAACUUCAGAGUGAGCAUCACAUGAAGGCUUUGGGUUUGCAGGUUUCUGCUGCUGGAUAUGACAGACAAGGAGUUGCUGACCAUGCUAAUAAUCUUGCUUCAAAAAUUCGAAGCAAUUUGACUAACUCAAUGAAGGCGCUUGGAGUAGACAUAUUGACUGGUUUUGGUACUAUUUGGGGUCCUCAAAAGGUGAAAUAUGGGAAGGUUGGUUUUCCUGACAACAUUGUAACUGCAAAAGAUAUAAUCAUUGCUACUGGUUCCAUCCCUUUCGUUCCCAAGGGCAUUGAAGUAGAUGGGAAGACUGUUAUUACUAGUGACCAUGCCCUGAAAUUGGAGUAUGUUCCUGAUUGGAUUGCCAUCGUAGGAAGUGGUUAUAUUGGUCUUGAAUUCAGUGAUGUGUACACUGCACUUGGCAGUGAGGUCACUUUUAUUGAAGCUCUAGAUCAACUUAUGCCUGGGUUUGAUCCUGAGAUUGGGAAGUUGGCCCAAAGGGUGCUGAUCAACCCUAGGAAAAUUGACUAUCAUACCGGAGUGUUUGCAACCAAGAUCACACCUGCGAGAGAUGGGAAACCAGUAAUUAUUGAGCUUACUGAUGCCAAGACUAAGGAACCCAAAGACACCUUGGAGGUAGAUGCAGCCUUAAUUGCAACUGGAAGGGCUCCAUUCACUAAUGGUCUUGGCUUGGACAAUAUUAAUGUAGUAACACAAAGGGGCUUUGUUCCUGUUGAUGAGAGAAUGCGAGUAAUUGAUGCCAAUGGCAAUCUGGUUCCUCACUUGUACUGCAUUGGUGAUGCAAAUGGUAAAAUGAUGCUUGCUCAUGCAGCAAGUGCACAAGGAAUUUCAGUGGUUGAACAAGUCACUGGAAGAGAUCACGUGCUUAGUCACCUUAGCAUCCCUGCAGCCUGCUUCACUCACCCUGAGAUAAGUAUGGUUGGGCUGACAGAGCCUCAAGCAAGGGAGAAAGGUGAGAAGGAAGGAUUUGAAGUAAGUGUUGCUAAAACAAGUUUCAAGGCUAACACAAAGGCACUGGCAGAAAAUGAAGGGGAGGGACUUGCUAAGUUGUUAUACAGAUCUGACAACGGAGAAAUUCUUGGAGUUCAUAUAUUUGGCUUGCAUGCAGCAGACCUCAUCCACGAAGCAUCAAAUGCCAUAGCUUUAGGGACACGUAUCCAGGACAUCAAAUUUGCAGUUCACGCACAUCCAACUUUGUCUGAAGUUCUUGAUGAACUAUUCAAAUCAGCAAAGGUUAAAGCCCCUGCUUCAAGUAGUCCAGUAGCAUCAAGGAACCUCGUUUCUCUCGGUGAUAUAAGUCGACACAACAGUCAUCCAAAGAGAAGAAACAUCCUGGAGGAAUUUACUCAUACGUUGAUGAUGGUUGUACUUGAAAUCUUUUACAGCUUCGUGUUCUGGUUUAUGUCAAGUUGUUGUCAUAUGUAAUGCAGAGAUACCUAUGCUGAUAAUUUAUGUCCAUUUUGAAAUUUUGUAUUCCUUGACAUUCUGGAAAUAAUAAGAUGCCUUAAAUUUUGUUUCCACUAAAACUACUUCGUUGGAAAUAGUCUUUACCACGAGAUUAACUGCACAAAUAUGAUUCUCAGAGUGGCUAAAUGAGUAACUAAACCUGCUUUGGGAAAUUGAAUCAUGGGAUGGACAGAGUCAGAAGAAUUUAGAAACGUACCUAGACGCAAAUUCUCUAUACAUAUUUCAUUCAAUACCAUGAGGCAAAACUAAGGCUGACAGUCCAAUUCAUACCCAUCAAGUCCCGACCUGAGUUGCAAGAUCAGU